GGAAUCCGGGAGGAAUAUCGCCCUCAAAAUGACCGUAGCAAAAGGAAACUCCACUAGCGUCCUGCAGCACAUCGAAGCUGGUCUCAACGUGCUCAACCAGCUGUGCAUCGGAUUCGUGACGAUCUGGAUCUGCUGGAACUGCCUACGCACUGGCCUCACUGGAAUCCGGCUGCACGUCUGGCUGGUGUCCUUUGGCUUUGUGUUCCUCAUGGCGGAGGCCAUGAUGUGCUUCUACGACGGCAACUGGCUAACUCUGCGCUACACUCGCCAGCGCAAGACGGCCAUCCAUGUGGUGCUCCAGAUACUCGGUGGCGGCAUGGGGGUAGCCGGCUGCCUGGUCCAACUGAUACGUGACCACUGGAGCAUUAGCGUCACCAUCCACGCUCGCCUGGGAUUCGCUGCCUUCAUACUGUGCCUCAUCUCUUUGCUCAGUGGACUGGCAGCAGUGCUCGCGCGCAGCCUGUCGAGGGUUUGCUCGCCACUGUCCAACAAGACCUUCCACGUCCUGCUCAGCAUGGGCGCCUUUGUUACGGCCAUGUUGGCCCAGUUCUACGGCUACACGCAAACCGGAAUAUUCAAAGACCAAGGCGCGGAUUUCGUUAUCCUUAUGCAGGUCGUGACCCUCGUGUCAAUGGUCCUAACCUGCAUAGCACCGCUGAAGUCUCUAUAUCAGAAAGCUCUCAGUUUCGCCAGUUAAGAGGAUUCU